GGCGCUCAGACCCAAGGCCGAGGCAGCUGGGCAGCCUGCCUGGGUCCUACGUAGGAAGGAGAUGUCACCAAGACAUCCUCCAGCCUGCUCUGGCCCUCUGCUCAUUAUGGGCUGCGGCCUUCACAGUGGGCAGUGAUGUGUGCUUGAUUCCAGAGGAUGCCAUGGGCCGAGUUUCUGCAGCUUGUCAGCUGCAUAGGACUCUUACGAGCCUUAGAGAGAGACCCGAGGGGUGGAAAUCUGUCAGUGCCUCUUUGCUUGCAGCUGGAAACACCUGGGGCUUAAGUGGUGCUUCAGGGACAACUGUACCAAAGGUGCUCUAGAAGGCUGUCCAAGAGCUCCUGAGCGUAGGUUGCCUGGCACACAUAAGUCAUGCAUAUUUAUUUGCCAGAAGAGCUGCUCAGCUAAAAGGCCAGCAGUGUUACCAGAUAUCUGCAGCAACCAAGACAUUUGUGUGUGUCCCGUGGCGGUGCCUGAUGGUGUCCGAGGACAAGGCAGAGGGAGCUCAGGGGCUCUGGAUGACUGCUUGAGGGAUCUGGGCCGCAUGUGGUAUUUUCUUCCGCCACGUGCAGUGAGCCAGACCCAGGAAGGCUCUAGAGGUGAAUAGCUGGCAGCCUGGUGUUCCCAGCAACAGUGUGGGAGUUUGACCGUGGGUUACUCUACAGGACAGCAGGCCUGAUGGUGGCACAUGGGCUACAUCUGCCUCAAAGGGAAAAAGGCUCUUGGCUCCAGAGUUAGCAGGGCUCCUUGAGAGAGCUUUAAGUAGCAUUGGAAGUGGAAAAGGGAGUAAACCAGGCUGACGGGGAAGAUGCGUGAGCACUGCACAGCCAUGUUUGCGUGACAGUGGAGGAUGGAAGCAGUGCUGCCAUCAAAGGUCAUGAAACUGUAGCAGAAGUCAUGGGAAAAGCAGGUUUUUGCCACAAUUCUUUCAGACAAAAAUACUACCAAAGAAACACUCUUGAAUUUGGGCUUUUUACAGCAGCCUUCAUCCAGGUCUUCUUCUAGGGAAUUUCUGAGGAAUAAGACAUGAGUGCCUCUGCAUUCCCAUGCACAAUGCUGCCUCCAAAAUACUCCAGCCCUUCUCCAUUUGGCUCCUUCCAUUCCUGUGCAGAAUAAGGAAAUUCAGUAGAGGGGAGGUGCAGGAAUUCACAGGCAACGUGGCCGUACAUUGGGGCCUUCACAGCCAUCACUUUGUUAUGAGGUCACAGAGCUCUGUUUGAUGUCACGUUCCAGAGCCCCACUGUGCUCUUCAGUGCUUGCUCUGGGCAACACUGCAGCAGCAGCAGCAGCAGCAGCAGCAGCAGCAGCAGCAGCAGCAGCAGCAGCAGCAGCAGCAGAGUGUUGCUAGCAGGGGGGAUCAUGGUCCUGAGCCGCUACCUCCUGCUGCUCUUUCUCGUGGCCCUGCCAGCCCAGAAUGCCCAGAGUGCUCCAGCAGCUGGGCAGGGAGCAGUUGUGGACACAGAGAGUGCUCUUUCAGCCCCUGAGCGAGGGGCAGAUACCGUGCUGACUCCGAGCUGGUACCUCAAGCGGAUGAACGAUGACAAGGUUCCUGAAGAGUUCCCUGAAGGAUUGCCGGAUGUUCCAGAGGAGCUCCUGGCAGCCUUGCAUGAAGCCCCAUCUGAGACAGAUUCUGAGACUGUACCGGAGACCUUAGCUGUGGAAGAAAGUGACAUUGUGCCAGGCUCACAUGAAAAAAGAGAACCAAUAGAGGACACCAGGACACUUGCUGAGCCUGAGGAAUAUUCAGGGUCAUCCGGUGGGCAAAAAGCUGAGACUGCUGGACACUGUGACCCGAGCAAGUACUACAUCCUAGUAGGGACAGUAGCAGCCUCAGCUUUGCUUCUGCUUGGGGCAGUGUCUGGCUAUCUAGUCAUGCAUCAGCUGCUGAGGAGAGACAGGAGGAGCCAGGAGGACAAAGAGGCAACAGGACAGGACUGUGACUCUUCCUGGGAAAGCAGUGGUCAGCCUAGAGGUGAAGCAGAGUCAGGAGAAGGAGCGGGAAGCGGCGAGAGAGUCCAAGGCAACGGGUUCAGGGACAGCUCCGCCUGUUUCCUGAGCUCUUUGCAGCAGAGCUCGCCCAGUUGUACAAGAACAUGA